AUGGGAGCAUACUUGGCGAAGCCAAAAACAGAGAAGAUAUCUGAUGGUAGCGAAAACGGAAGGCUGCGUUAUGGAGUUUCAUGCAUGCAGGGUUGGCGAGUCACGAUGGAGGUAAAAAUUAUCACAAAGCUGAUAUUACAAUGUAAGACUUCACUCAAGUAAAACAAAUUGUGUUUGUUUCGCUAUUUAACCCAUCCACUCCAGCGUUCCAAAGGAAGAACAUGCACAUGUUAUUUGGCAAAGGGCUGGAACGUUAACUUUGUAUUAAAAAGAUAACAGUUGAGCUUGAUUGCGAUCAUUUGAUCGUACACAUAAGCUUGAAUUUUUUAUACGAAAUGGGCUUUAACGGGCAGGUAGAUGGCUGUCAGUACGGUGUUGAUUUUGAGAAGGUACAUACACGAUAUUUUGUACCAAAGAAAUGCAGACCCUAACCUGUUUUAUAGUGAUAAAAAAGCAACUAUUACUUCUAAGGUUCUAAUUAUCGUCUUUUGAAUAAUCGAUUUGAUUUUUUCAAUUUUUAGGAUGCUCAUACUUGUGAGCUGGAUUUUGACGACAGUUCUACUCUUUUUGCGGUUUAUGAUGGUCAUGGAGGUAGAUUUCUUAAAAAACUGCUAAAUGAUAUUUUCGUUAACUAUCUAGUGUCUGCAAACACCUCAUCACGCUUUAUGAAUGUACGGCAACUGCAGCUCAUGUCUGUGAAAUCAAUGUCAUCAAAUACGUGCAAGCUACAGAAUACAGGGCCUUCUUUGAGAAUUUAUCAUUUCAAGUGUCCUGACUGCUCACCAUUCGAAGUGAACAAGUACACUUGAUUAAUUAAGUUGCACGGUGGCUCAUCAGUCAUGACUGGCUAGCUGUUGUGCUUGCAUUAGAAUAUUAUAUACCUUUCUCAUGAGUCCCUGUCCAUAACCAAUGAGUCCCAGUUUUAAAAAACGCUGUGGCUGUAUGGCCGGUAACCAGUCAAGGUUUUCGAAACACUAAAUGGCCGACAGUCCUAUAUUCUCAGUAAAUUUCACAAAAUGGAAAGAUUCUACCUAAUCUAAACUAUGUCGAUUAAGACAUGUACAUGUCAAGCGAUCCUGAAAUGCUUUAUAGAUCUCAAGUUACGCUGGGCUCAGAAGACGAAACCGUGUUUUGUGACACUUAGAACUUUUUUCAGCUAGACUGCCGGUCAAGGUUUUCAAAACACUAAAUGACAGUCUCAGUAAAUUUCACAAAAUGGAAAGAUUCUAGCUAAUCUGAACUAUCAGAGGUAACAAAAUCACUGGCUUCUUGUCCAAUAAACUUACCUCCCAAUCAUUAUAUCAAAUGUUACAAACAGCAAAAAUGAACUUUUAAAAACUGUUAGCGUAACUGUCACAUUCUUCUUCAAAUUUGUCCAUCUUUGCCUCCUGUUAUAAUUUUUAUUUGCUGGGUCAUUUACACCAUCUUUUAAUGUAUUGAGUGGUUAUGGUUAUCUCAUAAAUUUCAUGACACAGCUCCUUUAAAGCAAUUGUUUUAUAAUUUCAUGAUAUCUCAGGUUCAGAAGUAGCCCAGUAUGUAGCAAAGAAACUGCCAGAAGUGCUAAAGAACACAGAAAAUUAUCAGAAAGGAGAUAUUAAACAGUCAAUGGUGGAUUGUUUCUUGGAAAUUGACCAGCUCAUUAUCAGUGAAAAGGUCAGCUGUUAAUAUUUUAAGGAAGUUAACCCUCAACCUGUGCAAGGUAAAGAAAUUCUAUUAAACCUCCAGCUCACUUGGGAGAGUGGAAGAUGAAUUUCUAAGGACAGUAAUUGUUAUUUCAACUUACCUUAAACUGCCACUUUUUAAGCCCUGGUCUUAUAAAUCUUUGUAAGGGGUUUUAAGAGGGCUUAUAAAUCGAGGGGCUUACAUUGUAUAUCCGAGAGGGUUCACAACUGGAAUAGAGAAAGUGCUUUGAAACAAGCUAUAGCAGUGAUGAUUAAAAUAUGUUUUGCACUUACUGGUUUUAAAUAGGCUUCAAAACAUCAUAAUAAAUCAAAUUGACGUUGAUGUACAUGUGGUGGGGGGUCUAUAUUUGGAUGCAUUUUUUUGAUUACAGGAAGACGGGUCUAUAACUUUGGAGGCUUAUAGGUGGGGGCAUUUAUAAGCAGCAGUUUUCAGUAGUUGGAGCCAGGAUUAAAUAUAUUUUUUUAAUUUUGCAGUUUGUAGAAGUGUCUAAUAAUGGAGUGUCCAUUUUUUCAGGGUCUUGCAGAGUUGAAGGAGUUGGCAGGACUUGAUAAGGAUCUGGAUGAGGAAGAAGACCUUGAGAUGUUAGAACAAGAAGCAAUGAUGCCACUGAAUGAGCUGCUGGCAAAGAUGAAAGAGGUUAGUGAGUAGCGCUGAGGAAAAAAGAAAAAAGCAUGAUAGGUUUUUAGUGAAUGAAUAAAGGAUUUGGUUUCUAUAGAAACCAUGGUGUGGUGUCAAUGGGGGAGUGAACCACAAAAAUUUGGUUUUAUUAGAUGAGAUGAGGGUAGGUAUUCUGACAAGGGGUUAGUGCUCAGUUUUCUGAUCCUGUCCUAUCUUAUCUUUGUGCUGUUUUAGGACCUUAAUUCAUCUUUUUUUUAAGUUCUGAGGCUAAAACUUUGCAUGCAAUAUUGCUUGCAACGAACGCAACACUCCAUCCAUUUAGGUAAUCAAGCCACCUUGAGAGAAAGUCAUAUUGAGUUCGUAAUGUCACAGGUAACCCAGGCUCACUAUCCUACUAAGCUAAGCUACUAUUAUUCAUAAAGCAACAAUUUAUAAGACGUUGUAUGAGAAUUACCCUAUUUCUCCAUAAUUGAGCGAAACGUGCAGUAAGUUUUUGCUUUUAAGCUUGCAUUUAGUAUUUUUUUAAAUGUUUAUUUGUGUGUUGACUGCGUUUCAGACCUCUUAGGAUGUCAAGAACCUGAGAACAACACUACCCUUCUAAGCUAAUUAAUUUUUCAUACAGCAAGAAAAUUAUAAGGCAUUGUAUGAGAAAUAUUCUUUGCUCACAGAAUUAGCAAACUGUGCAUUGAAUAUCGCUUUGAAGCUUACCUUUAGCGUUUUCUUGUUUUUCUUAGUGUUCUGACUGCAUUUCAGACCUCCUAGGCACUCUUUGAUGCCUUUUUUGAAUGACAGUUUUUUACCCAGAUGACAGUAGAGAGAAAAGAAGAAAAGGUUGGCAAACCUUUAUUGACCGGGUUCACUUUCGGUGGCGAUAAAUUCUGCCAGAAACAGAUGUUCUGAUAAAUAAUGCACAUUUCAAUCAUUCACAUUGCCAAAAUUUGCUCAAUUUUGGAGUAAUAGGAUAAUUCUCAUACAAUGGCUUAUAAGUUGUUGAUGUAUGUAAUUAGCUUAGUAGGAUAGUGAACUUGGGCUACCUGUGGUAAUAUACCCGAAGGUGGAAACAACAUGAAGUGUAUUCAUCGUUAAUUCCAUACACAUUCCGAAGAUCCUUGAUACUUACAGUUUUUCAACCCUCUCAUGUGGUGCCAGCUUCUAGUUUUUACUGAAAGUUCUUUGUGUACAUGUACUUGGUGGUUAGUGCCUUGGAUUCCAGAUUGAGAGGUCUGAGUUUGUCUUUGUGUUGUGUUUUUGGGCAAGUCACUUUAUUUUCACAGGGCCUCACUUCAGCCAUGCCCCAGUUGUGCAAACAUUGGGUAGUGCUAUCCAUAGGAUAAAUCAAUAUCCGGGGCUUGACAUGAGUCUCAUCUAGUAGUCUGGGACAAGAAGAUUUUCUGGGCAAGUAACGUUGGAAACUUACUUGCCCAAUAAGGGUCCAGGCAAGAUAUUCUCCACCUAAAUCAUUAACUAAGACAAGCAAGUAGUUACCCCGGGCAGGCAAAACGUAAGAGGUGCUUGCCCAAAGGACAAGCUAGAAUUCAAUUUCUUUUUAGCCCUGCUAUUUAAUGGAUAAGUAUUAGGGAACCAAAUUGCUUUAUUCAGUGGAUAGCAUUAUCCAUUCUUUGAACAACGUGGGCCAGGUGUAUAAAUGGGUACAAUGGGCUGGCAUCACAUCUGGGAGAAAGUAGACAUAUUCUUAGUUGCAUCAUGCUACAGAAACUGAAAUAUAAGCUCCAGCCUGGUGAACAACUGAGUUCAAUUACACCAGCAUUACCCUUUACCUCAACUGUAAGUAUUAUAGUACACACACAGCAAACAAAGAGCUCAGAUCAUGCAUGAAGUGGUUGCUUACAAGAGGUUAAAAGUGAUGUAAAGUAAAACCGUCACCUCAAAAAGUGGGCUCGGUCACUUGUGAGGGGUACUCUUUUAUGAGAGAUUCCAACUAUUAGGCUUUACUGGGAUAAUGUUUUACAAAGGGGCGCUCAGUCUUAUUUGAGGAUGGUGCUUGUGAGAGGUGGUUGCACAUGGAGGGUUAACUUUGCUUUUCUUUGCUCUAUUAUAAUAUGAAGGUUGUUGUUGUUUUUUUCCAAUUUCUGUCUUUCUGAUGUGGCAGAUGAAAAAGGCAAAAGGUGGUGACAAUGAUGGAGAACUUUUAGAACAAUGGACAGAGGAUGGGAAUCAAAGUACAGCUGAUCUAUUUCUUUUGUUAGUAACACUGUGGUUAUUUCUCUUACUUUAACCAUACAUGUGAUAUACCGUUCUCUUGGAGGUCAUUUGACGAUCAUUUGGUCAUCGAAAACAAUAGUCACGUGAAUACCACUACUGGAUACAUUGACAGUAUGGUGUGUCAUUAAUAAAAUAGGAUUUGUCUUGCAUGGACUUUCCUUCAAAUUUGGGUGAUCAGCAUCUAAUUCCAAGAGAAAAAAUCCUAGCAGCAAUGAUAGUAGAUUAGUUUACUAUCAGCUCUCUUUAGUUACUGGUACUAUCAGUUGUUGGGAAGCUAUUGGCCUCUUAAGCGUGAUUUUGUUACAUCUGCGUCCUGCAUCCCUGAUGCAUAAAAGUUCAAGGCAGUGAAAUUUGCUCAUCUGACCGUGACAUGGUCAUGCAUAGGGGCCAUUUGUAUUUGCUCUGUGUGUAUUUGCAUUGAGUACUUCAGCCAUUUAUUGAGUGAGGCAGCACAUAAAAUAUGAUUAUUUAAUUAUAUUUUCACGUGGCUAGGUGUGAUUUUAAGCAAUGUCAGCGCCAAGCCAAUGUUGCCUGUGGUUCCACCCAUUUUUGCAUACGACCUGCAGUACACCCCUGGAGUUUGCUAGAUAGUUUUUGUGCAUCUUGUUUUGUGCUCAAGUUGCUUUGCUUUCCAGCGGUUAUUGUGGAUCAAUGCUCUUGUGGCAGACUGUCAAACUCUGUGAAACUGGUUUACAAGUUGUCAGUCCAUAACCAAGUUUUGAAAUCUCCAGAUAUCUUGCAAAUCAUUGGCUGAACUGGGAAAAAUUCAGGAAAUGCUAACAUUUUUGCACUAUUCACAAAGUUUAACUUGUUUUCAUUUUCUUUAGGCUCCAAGAAUGAUAAAAAGGAUGAAGCCAUUAUAGAAAAUGGUGACACAAUAAAAGCUGGUACGUGUAGCUCAGAUUCAGUUGAGAACUCCACCAAUGGAAGUUUGAAAAAUGGAAAGGAGGAAAAGGAGAAAGAUACAGAAGAAAGUGAAAAUGAUCACAAAUUGAAGCAAAAAGAAGUUGAAGAAACCAGUGAUGGUGAGCAGGCAACAAAUGAAAGCAAAAAAAAUGAAGAAAAGAUUCCUAAUGAUGAAGCUAUUGAUGAUGAAGAGGAAGAAGGUGAUGAAGACGACGAGGAAGAGGAUGACGAGGAUGAUGAUGAUGAUGAUGAUGAUGAUGAUGAUGAGGAUGAUGAGGAUGGAGCGCCAUUUCAAAGUUCAGAUGAAGUGAGUAUUAUUACGCUAACAAAAAAGUAGUCAUAACCUUGAAUUUCAAGUGUAGUGGGGUCAGGGGCAAUAUUUUAUUUGUAUCGAGGCAUUAAGAUACCAACUUUAUAGGACUUAAUAACGCAUGAUUUUGUUUUAUAUUGGUGUGCACUCACCUGCAUGUGUAUGCAUAAUUUAUGAGAACACAAAUAGUGAAUUCCCUUGAGAGCAUUACAUGACCUGUAUUGAGGGAGGGGAAGCAUACAAGCAGGGGCCAGGCCAAACUCUGGGUACGCUGCUUAUGGCUCCUGAUCCAAGCUAAAGUGAUCAACCUCCAAAAUGGUGGCAGAUUUAGUUGUUCUUUUUGUUUUGAUGAUAAUUGGCCCCCAAUGAAUCCUUUCAAAGUGAAAAUUCUUUUGAAUUCUGCAGAUGCAAUCGAGGCAAAGGGGGCUUUUAUCAUAGAAAAUAUAGCUCCAAAAUACUAGGAAAUCGUGAGAAAUAGAGCAAAAUCAUUCAAUUUAUUCAGUUUCUUGCUGGAGUAACAAGAGUUAGCGCAUUACAUCUUGUUCAAUAUCAAGUUUACAGUAAUAAGCAUUCUGCCAUCAAAGUUGAGCGUUAAAAAAAUAAAUGGAUCUCUGAACCACCUUGACGUAUCAACGAAUGGACUGGAUAGUCUUCUGUUUAUUAACUGUAGGGAUAUAUUCACCGAAAGCAUGAUAGUUUUGUGGAGUUUGUUUCAAUUAUAAGAAUAAACGCCUCUUAUCUAUUAACGCUCUCUCUUGGGCUCCUAAAAUUAAGUUAUGUCCCUGGGCAUCUACUGUAUCAUUUAUGGUACCUCAACGUUCUCACAUAUGCAAACAAAGCUUUGGAUGAUGUGAGUAUACUUUGUCUAAAAAGUGAUCCGAAAGUGGCUUUCGUUUCUCUAAUUGGAAGCUUUUUUGCACAAAUCUAAACCUCAUCAGUUUAUUUUUUCUUGAUCUUUGUAGGUUGGCUACGACAGCGGAACUACAGCUAUUGUUGCUGUCUUAUGUGAAAAUCAACUAACAGUUGCCAAUGUUGGAGAUUCGCGCUGUGUGCUUUGUCGGAACGGUAUUGCCCUAGAAAUGUCCACGGAUCACAAACCGGAGGAUGAACAUGAGCUGAAUAGAAUCCAUAAAGCUGGUGGAAAGGUUACUUGUGAAGGAAGAGUAAAUGGGGGUUUAAAUUUAUCAAGAGCUCUAGGUAUGUAGCUUGAUUUAAUGCAAGGCUGUCGCGAAGGAGGUUUCGCUGGGGUUGGGUAACCAUAGCAACUAAAGGAGGAAUCUCGACCUCUUCUUUUUAACCCUUACACCACUCAGCUGCAAAGCCUGGCGUUAUAAACGUCGUUUCAAAAACUCAUUAAUAAUUUAUAAAGAAGAAUUUAAAAAAAUAAUGUUUAAUGAGCGUCUUUAUAUUUGAUAAAGACACGGCUAAACUUUACGUCCAACUUUUUGGCCAAAAUAAUCCCAAAUCUAAAUAUUAGUGCAAGAAUGAGUUGAUCUAUAUCAGAGAUUUUGAAGCCGUGCAAAAAAACAAGCAGGAGUGUAUUAUCAGAUUUAAAAAAAAUCGAGGUGAAACCGAGAGUUUUAAAACCUGAUAAUACACUCCAUUUGGUUUUGUAAACAGUACACAACACUCCUGUAUAUACUGUACACCUUACAGACAACAGUUUAAGUUACUUGACUUUUAUUCGACUUUUUUCAGGUGACCAUAGCUAUAAACUACAAACGGAGUUAUCUGCGCAUGAGCAGCAAAUCACAGCAGUCCCGGAUGUUAGACAAACACAAAUUACGGAGUAAGUCAAGUAGGAUUUGCAUUGCAUUGUUUUUCUUAAACCUGUCCUUUUUUUUGCGACUAACUAUUUGUCAACAUAUGACUACAAUGCGGACGAGGAGGAAAGCUUUGUCAUCUAGAGGCUAAGACAAAAGGUGACUCUUUCUGCAUCUGCCGCAACGAAUGUGCAAAAGACUGCUUUUCAAGGAAAGGAAUUUUCAGCUAUCCCAAGCGUUUUACCCCGACUUUAUUCAAGUCGUUAAGGAAGCCAAGCAUUGCUUUCAGAAACAGACCGGUAGAGUUUUGUCAGCCCUCUGUAAUUCUUGUGUGUGUUUAUGUAAUUUUUUUUCUUUGCGGUGAGAAUCGUCAGCUUGUGGAUAGCGAACGUUUUGCCAACCGAGGGAGCGACAAUGUUUUGCCGGGUAUAAUGCAAAAUUAUGAUGUAAUAUUGAAACAGAGUUUAAAAUUAAAGGGGUGCUUGCCAGUCCAUGUUGGGUCUUAAGAGUGGCUAUUAAACUAAAUCGUAAAUGUCCAGACCGCAGUCUCUCAUAAACUCUCGUUAUGGUAGUACUAGUUGUCCCUCCUUUGGCCAUCUUCCGUUUUCUUUUCGAGUGUUUCCACUGAACAGUCCUGUGUGAAAUGACUCAUCUUUAUAAGCUUGUGUUGCGGUAAAUGCCUAGCUUAGGUUGCACGGUUACUAACACCAACAUUUUCGUUUCAGGGCUGAUGAAUUUAUGGUUAUUGCUUGUGACGGCAUAUGGUAGGUAAAUCGUCUUCAAUAAACUUUCUUUCAGAUCGCAGACGUUUACGCCGAUGUAACGAUUCUGUCGAUUGCUAUCUUCUCGAAUCAUGUAUCAUAAGAAGAUAUAUGUAGAAUUUGUAGCUCUCCAGUUAAACGAAAAUUUUCGUUUGAAUAUUUACAAUUUUCAUUGGAAUCAACUUCUUAACAGUAAAAGAAAGUUCAAGACGCUUGCCGAAUUCAAGCGUUCGGUUCAUUAGUUUUCCAUUUCUAUUGUUCUCCCUCAACUAAUUGCCGUCUGCUUUUGAAACAACGGGCCUAACGAUUCAUGAGAGAGAGUGAUUUCUGAAAAGUAACUCCGAUGCAAGUAGCAGUAUAGGACGUAUGUUUCCGUCCUCUUUUGUGUAUUAAGCAACAUUUUUUCAUCCUACAAGCUAAACCUUUCUUUCAUUUGCUCAAUUUUGGGGUACCUUAGAAAGUAAGAUCUUUGUUAAGCAUGCACUGUGUGUUGCUAAGAUGCAGUUUCGUAAAACAGUUUCAAACCCAAGCGUCAUAGCCGUGAGCUUGGUACAGUUAGGACCAUCAGUUUAGCAAUAAAUGGAUGCCUGCGCUUACAAAAACCACUUCGACGAGAGCAAACAAGAUUGACAAGUUCAGAAGGUCAGGCAGAGGCUCUGAUCGCAGUGUACUUUCUUUUGGGGUGAAUUAACGUCUAUAUACUCCUUUCGGAAUGCAUUGGUUUCUGCAGUGUAGUUGUACCCAAAAUUCUUCGACUUUUUUCAGUACUGUGACUAUUUUUGCGAUGAACAAUAACAGAUAUAAGUGGUAUUUUGUCCUGAUUCGUAAAUUUUUUAAACAACAGGAAUGUGAAAGGAAGUCAGGAAGUGGUGGACUUUGUAUCAGAUCGUCUACGAGAACAAAGACAGAAAAAUCACAUCAACCUUGCUCAGAUUUGUGAAGAGGUAAAAGUGUCAGUUCUCGUGUAAAGGCCUGUUAGACCUUUUGCAACAGUCGAUCACGGAAUUUAGUUUCUCUAGACAAGAAAACAAUGCCCUCUGGAAAGAUUAUGUUAGCAAGAAUAGAAAGAACACAAAAAUGUGUAAUUGUUUUGGGGGCUUAUAUCUCAAAUGAUGGUAUUGCUUCGGCCGGGAAGACGGACAAUCAUUGCCACACCAUCACAUUACAGUAGGUUUACAACACAAACCCUUGUAAAUUUUGAAUUUCUUAAACCCUCGUAAAAUCUUUUCCUUACGCAUUAUGCGUCUUAAAGUUUCUGUUGUGAUUAAUGUUUUAUGUUCUUUCCAGCCUUCCUUAUAAUAAAGAGCCCUUUUCUUUUGAAAGAGGUUAAUGAUAGAUAUUUUAAGUAAGUGGUAAGGCCUUGUCGACUCCAUAAAAAAGCUUUUACUUUAAGGUUGAAACCUGCAUGAAAUUUCUCCCUUGAAAAUUAGCGUUGCUGCUAAUUUAAACAUGCUCUUUUCAUUAUCUUUCCAAUGAAAUGAAGAACUUGAAAAUAUAGCUUGAAGGUUUUAUUUUUCAUUGGUCACGUGAGCAACUAACGUCAGAGGCCUUAUUAGAGAAUGUUCCGCGCACUCCUUGUGAUGGUAUCCUUUGGCCCAGUUCAAACGUCGAUCUUUUCUUGUGCCGAACUUAAACCCCUUUUUUGGCCGACCCAAAUGAUAUAAGUUUGACCGUUUAUUCGGACGUCGAACCCAACUGAUUUUCACUAUGUUCAACCCAAAGUGGUCUACUGUAUGCUUACCAGUCAAAAUAAAUUUUAGUAAUUUAUGCAUUAGAUUCGGCACAUGAGACGCUCGACGUUUGAAACGAAUUCGCCCCAUAGUCGAAAUUCCCACGUGGGCCACUCGAUCUUAAUUCAUGGAUUGACCCAAAUUGGACAUGCCGGACUUACUGAUUCAAACGUCGAUCUUUUAAUGUACUUUAUCGAAGGGAUUAGUUUCGGUACAUGAAAAGGUUGUUGUCCUUUGAACUGGGCCUUAAAGCCAUUCCUAAGCAUUCUCGCAAUAUUUGUUUGCAGGAUCAAACAGUCAAAAUAUUCCCACAGCAUUUACCGCGGUUAUUCGAAAAAGCGCCGCAUGUUAGAGAAAAAUCGAAGCUCAACUUUUGGCUACUACAGUAAGAUUUUUUGCUUUUGCUUGCUUCCUUAGUUGUUAGAUGCUUGUUUAGCACCAGACACGAGUGGAGAUGGUUCAGGUUGUGAUAACAUGACGUCUAUCGUGGUACUGUUUAAUCCUGACUCCAGAGCGACAGAAAACAGCAAGAAACGCAAGCUGGAAGAUGAAAAACCGGACAGCGAAUCCGCAGACAAGCGGACCAAAGGAGACGAAUCCUAAUAUUGUUAUUCUAUGAUUAUUAUACGCACCUGUACAGAGACGUUUUAAUAUUAUUUAGAGCACACUCAUCUUAGGCUAUCCGUCCGGUUCCCUCUUUACUCAUUCCGGUUUACAGUCGUAUCGGGGCAAACCUACCCCCAUAGAUCCCAGUAAUGAAUUGAUUAUUGAUCAUUGAAUCCGAUAGUCGUUGUAUAUAUAAUAUCAAAAUUGCUUCCGGAUUCCUGCAUGGGCAAUGAGCGACGAAUUUUAGACUUGCAGCUUCUCAACAUUCGGUCUGAUUGAAAAAUCUUGAGUUUUUUCUGACUGAGGAUCAUAGUUUUGAAUAGAUAAAAUUCAGAGUAACAAAUUCAAGGAAACGGAAAAUUCUUUCACUACUUCGCUUGUGAAUUCACUGCUCAUGAAGCAUACAGGAGUGCAGAGAUGAAUCUAUAGGAGUAGUCUUGACCUGGCUUGAAUGUAAGCUGAUUCCAGCUGUUAUGUUUAAGGAAGAUGAGUGUAUGUUCCCGCAGUUAAACAGUGAGCCAAUUGUGAAUUUAUGUUCGCUUCUCAACAAGCAAAUUCAGCACAAACCUUCCCCUUACGUUUAU